CUAAUUAGGAGUGUUUAUCAGGUUUAUAACCACUGCACGUGAUAUAUUAUGGCUGACAUGAUUAACAUACAGAUUAACUAACAGUAUAAUUUUUUGCAUCUUUUUGUUUUUAUUCGUUGAGUAUUUUUCUAAAUUGUGCAUGGUUGAAACAAAUGCGUGCCACCUCAUCUCAAUUUUUUUGUAGAGACCAUAAGAGAACUGCAUACUUCUGCUCUGCCAGCGAAUUAAUUAAGUUACGUUCAUGCAUGAAUUAUACAAUGGCUAGUUACUCAUUUAUAUGAUGCUCUACCCGGGAAAACAAGACAAACGUUUGCUAAUUCCUAGUCCGAUUUUUAUCCAAAUUUGUCCUUGGGCAAUGUCCAUUCAUUAGACCUAUAAAUUUUCGUAUUAAUGAGUGGAAUGCCGACUGUAGCACUUUUAUCGUAGCGGCGUCUGAUAUUAAGAUUGACUGUUUUGUAUUUAACGGCCUUCCUGGUUACCGCAUUCCUGCAUGCAUCAUAAACAAAACGAAACUACAGUCCAAUUAUAUAACUAUGUAUGAUGUUAUCCUGAUCAUGGCUAUACACAUCACGUCGUUACCGUUCGAAUAUCAUUCCCUACCCCUCGUUUAAUGCGAAAGGACCUCCGCUGAAAUGAACCAACUGUUCCUCCUGUGCGCUUUCGUACCUUUGUUUUAUCGGCUUGCAAAUGCUCUGCCCACUGGAGCACCCGCAGGAACAUGUAUAACAAUGAUGCCAAGUGUAGGAAAACACGGCCCAGCUCAAGAUACAAUGGCCCCGUAUGUGAUUCAAGUAGACAAGACAUAUUACAGCGAAAACGGUACAGUUAAAGUGUAUAUCAAAGUCUGUGGAAAUACUGUAAUUGGAGGUUUUCUCAUUGAAGCAAGAGAAGAAGGCAAAGCAAUACCGCUUGGUAAUUUUAGCAAGAUUCCCCAAAAGACUAAGCAUCUUAAUUGUACGUCCAGUAACGCCGAAACUGCGGUACGUAUAGCAUGUAUUUAAUGGCGAUACACUGUAUUUAGGUCUUGCAGUCACACAGCAAUAUUAUACCUCACUCUAUAUAAGAAAUCACGCGAUUUUGGGUGGGAACUAUGGAUAGCAAAGGAAGCCACAAUCCGUUCAAAUUUGCCAGGAAACAGCUUUUUUGAAUUCGCAUUGAGCAUGUUAAGUAAAAGUGAUUAACUGGAGCUCUACUAAACCUAUAGCACUGAACACUUCUGUUUUACAUAUCACAAUAAUCCGAUUUGGGCAAUUUAAGUCGGCAGUACAACGAAACAAAACGAAACAUGGUCCCGCCUUUAAUCGGAGUUCCCGAAAGGCCUCCAUGGUUUUGCCCAGAACAUUUCAUUUUCGUCAACACUACAUCACGGUUAGUUAGCUGGAAAUAGUUAUAUGUCUCAAUUUUAUUAAAAUCACGUUAAGUUAUACAAAGGGCUGAUACAUAGUCAAAAAACUACGUAUACUUUCGAUUACCCUGGUCUCUCAACACCUAGUUACCAAUGAGCAAUUUCGACUUCGGAAUUUGUAACGUUACAUGCAGCUGCCACUGAAAUGCGAAGCCGAUAACAAUAAUGAACUUACUUCUUAAUUUUCUUCUAUAGUUGGCUGCGGUAACACACAGCGAAGUUCUGGGGGAAAACAAUAUGCUAAGUUUUGAAUGGAAACCAUCUACAAUGACGACUGGGAAAAUUUAUUUCGUGGCAACAAUCGCAAAAGAUCGACCAACAUACUGGCUUGGAGUAAAGUCUGUUGUGCUGCAGAAAAUGGUAUGGUUAAUUUCCUUUUGAUUUUGUUCUAUAUGCUUCUAGCCCGUUGUAUCGACGACCUGUAUUUAUCCAAGGUCCAGUUUUUGACGCCUGAGCAAACGGAAAAAGGUUUUCAAAUCACACUGCGAGCAAACCAUAUAUAUGUAGCACAAAGAGAUAUAAAAAAAGAAAUUUUCCGUGUUGACAUUGAGUUAUAUUCAUAACACCGCUCUUAGCUUAUCAGCGUUCAGAAUUUAUAAUAGAUAAUAUAAAAGAUCUUUUAUGUAAUUAGGUGAUCACUAACAAGAUAAAGGGCUUGAAUUAAGGCCAAUAUUUCAAUCAUGACAACGAAGCUGUAUACUAUAGCCAAGGCUAUGUACCUUCCGGAAAGGUCUAUUCCCAUAAAUUAUAAUUCAUGAACUCACAUGAUGCUUAAAUAAAUUAAUUAACAAUGCUGGGGUUAGCAUCAGCCAUAAUUGUGCGAAAUAGGCAUGCAGCAUUACAGUACCUACUAACUAGUAUUGCCCGUUGCCGAUCGGUAGGGAUGGAGACGGUAGCACGGCGAAGCGAACGAGCUUGGCCAAUGCGAACGAGCGUUUGGCGAAGCGAUCAUGCUAGGCUCCGAUAAUGCGAACAUCGUCCAAGCUUUUUCCUGGUCAUGUCUAACACCACCACAUCUGGAACCUAAACGGUACCCUCUCCAUCUCCUGAUCACACAGUCACACGUGAAUCACAAGAAGCGAAACACGUAGAAGAGAGAAAUAAACAAACACACAUACGCAACCACACCAAACAAAAAUGUAAAGUAUGCUUACCCUCACGGUCGACUACCAGUACCUGAGAUCCACACGCCCCAACGGCGCAAGGCUGAUCACGAACUCAUGUCCUAACAAAAAGACUGAGACCACAAGACACACAAAAAAAAUCACAAAUAAAACCCCAACCAACAACAAAAACCCGACUGUCAGGAGGUGGUUGCUAGGGGAGGGUUGCGGGCGAAGCGAACGACCAGUUAUCAACUGGUCGGCAAAGGCAAGGUUAUUUAUAGUAUUAGAGGGUAAAAAUACCCGGUGGUCAAACCCCGGCAAAUAACUAUGCUGCGAUCAUCUCCUCGACAUUAACUUCCUUUAUUAUAACUAAUAAAUACAUUUAAUAUCAUUAAUAUUCAUUUCUUGUAAGACGUUAGUGUAAUUUAUACAUGUUGUUAUUACAAGAAACUUAACAUUUGGUUUUGCAUUUUCUAGACUCCUGGUAUGAAACAUGCCAAACUGGACAACCCGAAAUGCCCAGGUGGCAACGGCGCUAUAUUCACUGUCAACAUUGUGUUGUUAGUACUGGCUAUGAGCGCAAAUCUUUUCAUUUGACCAGCUGAGCGAGGCCCGUGUGUAGUUAUAAUGUUGAGUACUCUUUACAAUACUCCGAUUUACAAUGCGUAGUUAGAAAUCAAAUUACUAGGCUUUAGUUCACAAUUGCCCAAAAAAACUCUUUUUUUUUUAAUUUCAUUAACAAUGGAUUGUUUUAAGUACUAUAAUAGAGAUAACAAUUCUUGACAAAUUACUGAAUUUAAAUUAAUAAAAUUAAUUCUUUGUCUCGUCAGUAUUUUGGAUUCUCAUCAGUAUUUUGGGAUCAAGAAUUUUGAUACAAUGAAUCAGAAAUUAUUAAUAACAUUAAACAAUUGACGACAUUACGAAAGAAAGUCAUAUCCAUGAUAAUUUUUUACCUUCACGACCAAUACUUCUCUUAUUUUCAAAGAACUAAACAUAUCGAAGUUUCCAUAUUUUGUACUUACAGUUCUACCCUGCAUGCAUCAAUAAAUUUAUGGCACUCUACCCGUUGCUUUUGGCAAAAAAGCUGUUCAUAGUCUAUAAAGAUACGAUGGUCUGCAAACUAAACCAGAAGCAUUGUGUUAUGUUUUUGGCUGAGUUUAUAUUCAUUUGUGCACAGUCACGGUGAUAGGCUGAUUGUAUUGUCGUAUAAUGAAGUAUAAUGAAGUAAUCGACUAUUUGGGAUAGCCGAGAUGAAACGUGCAACCACAAUGAAUAAUAUUUAAUGAAAUUGAGACAAAAGAUUUGUGUACGAUGAGGUACAGUUCAACAUCAAACGAAGGUCUUCGAUUGUGUUGCUUUGACGUUUGCCGGGCUUCCAGACCAUCAUAUCUUCACAGACUAUGAACAGAUGCUUUUAGAUAGUUUUCGAGCAAUCUCACGAGAUGUAAAACAAAAGUAGAUGGAGGGCAAGUAAUGAGAUUUUAAUGAGAUCCUUGUGUGUAACUGCCCUCUAUGUGCACUGAACUGUAGCAAGAUGGAAGAUAUUCAUCAGUACACGCAGGCAGGAUGUGUCAAAAAGGUAAUCCAACUUUAGGGGAUCUUAUGCGCUCAAUAUUGAUGACCAAGAUUUAUUUUACAUAUUAAUAUAUUAGAGUUUUAACUUUUGGAUGACCUCUUUGUUAUAGCAAAAAUGAUAAAAUACGAGCCAAAUAACCAAUUGAAACUUGCCGGUUGAAAUCACAUUUUUCCACCAAUGUGCAUUAUUGAAGCUGUGCAGAACAAAUGAAUCAAAAACCAAUUAAUCUCUAAUAUGUCAUGUAAUAAGCUAUAACAAGAAACUUUUAAGGUUAAAAAAAAAACAGGAGUGACCAGAUGUUAAGGCAUUUUAAAUUAAAAUUCAUGAAUUUUAUAAUGGAUUUACUUUCAAUAGUUUUUCAACAAAUUCCCAAUGGUGAAAAAAGUGCGAUUCACACCGGUAAUUUUUAUUCGAUUCAUAUUUGGCCAUUUUCUCUUAUAAUGAUACAAAAAGUAUCAUUGGACAGCUAAAAGUCUAAAUUUUUCUUACUGUAUAAAAUUUUUAUCGAUAAACUCAAUAGCUAACGCACGGAAACAUACUGAAGUUGGAUUACUUUUUAUAUACGCCCUGAGUAUGAGGAUUUGUACUAGAACGGAUAUAUUGAUAGUUAAUAGAAUAGAUGGUUUGGAAACUCACUAGAAUAACAAUAUAACUCAUUAUCGAUGGUUGUCAACGUUCAUUCGUAAAUACGUUGCUUCGCCGUCACGCGUGUAUUGUAUUUUGCCAAAUCCACCAAUAGCAAUUUCCAAUUUACCCUAUUGUUCGAGUCGCCGAUAGGUAACUUUCCUAAAACAGUGUUAUUGGUUAGUUGGACAAAAAUACAAUACGCGCGUGACGGUGAAGGACCAGAUUUAUGAAUAAACGUUGACUAACAUAGAUAAUAGGUUAUUUUAUCCAUUAACUAUGUACUAUUUAAAAAACGAGCAGGAUAUUUUAUUAGGUUUAAAGCCACGAGCGCGCAGCGCGAGUGGCUUUAGACCUAAUAAAACACGACCUGCGAGUUUUUUAAAUGGCUUCAAGAACGUUUGCAUAAUAAGUCAAAUCUUUAUAUAAAAAUCUUUAUAUAAAAAUCUCUA